GACCCACACCCACGUUUAAAUAGAAAGAGUAUAUAUACAAUGAAGAUGGUCUUUUGCUUAUUCAGUUCAGCCUUAAUUGGCAAUCCUCCUCCUCCUCCUCCUUCUUCUUCUUCUGGUGUUGAAUCCGGUCAUUGAUCCACAGUGAGAGCGAGAGAGAGAUGAUGAUGAUGAGUACGAGUAACAAUAGUAUACGUAGCAGCAGUGGCGGCAGUGAUGAACUGGAGCUUCCGCCGGGAUUCCGAUUCCAUCCGACGGACGAGGAGCUCGUCAUCCACUAUUUAUGCCGGAAAUCCGCCGGACUGCCAAUCGCCGUCCCCAUCAUUGCCGAGAUUGAUCUCUACAAGUUUGAUCCCUGGCAGUUACCUGCUAUGGCUCGGUACGGUGAAAAGGAGUGGUAUUUUUUCUCGCCCAGAGACCGCAAGUACCCAAACGGUUCAAGACCGAACCGGGCGGCGGGAACAGGGUACUGGAAGGCCACCGGCGCCGACAAGCCAAUCGGUCGGCCGAAGCCCUCUGGGAUCAAGAAGGCACUCGUUUUUUACGCCGGAAAAUCCCCCUCUGGGCUCAAGACCAAUUGGAUUAUGCACGAGUACCGCUUGGCAAACGUCGAUCGAUCCGCCGCAAACGGAAAAAAUUUAAGGCUUGACGAUUGGGUGCUAUGUCGUAUAUAUAACAAAAAGGGUAAUAUGGAGAAGCAAUAUGGGGUUGCUGGAGUGGAUCAGCCAAAGUUUGAGGCAAUGCCGCCGCCGGCGAAUAAUUUGGUGCAUCAUUCUGAGUUGAUUUUGGCGGCGGACUCACAUUCGAGUGGCUCCGACGUCGGCGAGUCUAAUCCUGUGCCGGAGAAAGAGGUGCAGAGCGGGCUAUGGACGUGGAACGUUGAUGACUUGGAGAAAGCCCUCAAUUUUCAGUGUAAUUACACGGAUACCAACUUUCGCCAAGACUAUUCUUUCCCAUCUCAUCAGGCUCAGGCUCAGCUCUCCCCAUUGCAUGACAUCUUCAUGUAUAAGCCGCCCGAGCCUCUCUCCUAGCUCGCCAGCCCAUGAUUAAAAAAAAAAAAAAAGAAGAAGAAAAAAGAGGCAUAGAUUCAAUACGCCGAUCGAUCAUAUAUAGAGUAGACAUUCCAUUAUUCGAUGUGUUCUUUUCUUCAUUAUUUGUCAUUAGGUUGGUUAAUUUUAAUUUGUCGUAAAACACAUGCAUGCAUUAAUGCUUGGAGCCCAUUCUUGUAAUUUACUUUGUUCUAAUAUAUAAUGUACAUAAUGAUAGAAAUUUCAUUUUCAGA